AUCCACAAUGCCUAUCUGGUGUCCACAGCUGUUUUCUGCCUCUCUUUUUUUAUGAAGCGUGGCUAUAAGAGGGUGUGUAUGUGAGUGUGUAUGUGAGCUCUGACAACAGUGGUGGUACAGUUUAACAGAGGCAACAGAGGGAAAAUGGUCAGACACAUGUUCUCUAAUCUCCUACUACUCUGGUCACUCAGCCAUGAGAUAUAUGCAACUGGACUAACAUAUGGUGAUCCAAAGGAGCAGUCCUGGAACAACCACAACCUCUCUUCUGUCCCUCUGGAUUUGGAUGUGAGGCUUAGAAAACUAGACCUGUCCAAUAACUUCAUCAGACAGUUGCACACACUUGGUUUGCCAUACUUGGAGCAGCUGGACCUGAGCUGCAACCAGCUGGAUCUCAUCUCCGAAGGGGCUUUUGAAAACCUGGCUCAACUUGAAGAGUUGAAUUUGUCCAGAAAUGCGCUGAACAACAACCUUGGCAGUAACAGCAAAGCCCUCCAAUCCAUCAGUAGACUGAGGAGUUUGGAUAUAUCAAUGAACGGCCUGAGUGAUAAUGCGGUGGAGCUGUACCUCCGAAACAAACCGUCUCUUGAUCAACUGAAGAUGACCGGUAACGCUUUAACAAGUCUUACACACAACUUCUUCAAAGAAAGUGAAAGUUUGAGGGUCAUUACUAUUGAUGACAAUCUGAUAUCAGCGAUUGACCAGGGCACAUUCGAGCCAUUGACCCACUUAGAAACACUUAACUUGGCCAAAAAUAAUCUUGCCCAUAUCUGUGAUUUUAAAUUACAUCAAGUUAAAUAUCUGAAUCUCAGUAGAAAUUCAGUAGAGUUCUUUGUUACACAUGAGGAUAACCAGUUGUACAGACUUGAAAUUCUUGAUCUGAGCUAUAACAAACUACUUUAUUUCCCAAUUGUUCCAAAAAUGAACAGUUUAAAGUAUCUUCAUUUACAGAAUAACAUGGUUGGUGCCCUGAAUGCAGAGGCAACAAUUGUGUCAGAAGCCAAUUUUCUUUAUAAUGAGAUUGUAGGUCAGGGUGACGUUAGAGUACAGAAAAAUGACCUACACGCAAACUGGAGGCUGAUGCCACUGGUUCAUAUUGACUUGAGCUAUAACCACUUCAGAUCUUUCCCACUGGAGACUUUGAGCCUUCUCUCGUCUUUAGAAACACUGAAUUUCAGUCAUAACUGUGUUCAAAACAUCAUCUGGAAUGUUAGAAAUGAUAGUGAAUCAGGAUACGAUCGUCAGCUUUCCUUUUCUUCCUUGAAGUACCUUGACCUGCAAAGCAAUGGACUUGUAUCUAUUUCCCCUCUUUUCCUCAAGACACUCACACAACUAGAGACAUUAAAUCUGCAAGACAAUUCUGUGCAGCCUUGUUCUCCCAAGGACCAUUUGCCAAGCUCUCAGUCAGCACCGCAAAUAAAUCACAACACAUCCUGCGUCGUCUUUGAUCAAUUAAGGACUCUUAAACACCUCAAUCUUAAGGAUAACAACAUAAAGAUGCUUCACACGAAGUCAUUUCAGAAAACCUCUUUGGUUUCCCUCAACCUUGCAGGAAAUCCACAUAUGGUAAUGCAUGUGGAUGCACUAGCGGGUGUGCAGGAAAGUCUUCAGUCCUUGACUAUCAGUGAAAUGAACAUGACCAGCUCUGAUCUAUCUUUCCCCUGUAUGCCAGCGUUAACCCAGCUGAACAUAUCAAACAACAACCUGGACAUCAUGCCCAGCAGUUUGACUUGCUCACCCCUGACAGAAAUCGACAUAAGAAAUAAUGCUUUCGUGUCUUUAAACCAAUCCUUGAUUCUUGCUUUAUCUGCACACCUCAAUAUGAUGCACAUUAGUGGGAACUAUUUUAACUGCUGUGACAGUAAAUGGCUGACAAUCCUAAAUGAGUCGCAGAUUGAACUGCCUGACAUCAGUCAAGCUGAAUGCUUCACAAGUGUUAGUAACAUUAUGGUCACAGAGUAUUUGAACAGUUCUGAAAUGUAUUGCUUGUUUCAUACAAAAACGCAGGAAAUUCACUUUGUGCAAAUGAUCAUAAUUGUUUCAAUUGUAACUGUAAUAGUAACAGUGUUCAUCAUAUUUACCAGAAAAGUGUGUUGCAGUCACAGACCAGGCAUAGUGUGAUAUAAAAUCUGUUUUUGUUGAUUUAUUGUGUAUAUUGUUCCAUAUGGGUUACAUAUGUAGUGUAUAUACUGUACACAAACCAAAUGAGAAACUGGAGAACAGACUGCAGUCACUGAUGCAUAUUUCCUGAGUGUCAUUUUGCAUGACUAGUUUCACUAUAAACAACAGUGGGGUCUAAUAACUGCUCAGGCUGUACCUGUUUUACAAUUUCAAUGAAGAAGUAUGAAGAAUGCAGUGAAGACUUGAUUUCAUUGCACAUUACUUGUCUGUGGGGUAUGCAUCACGCUGUGCGACCUGAGUAGCUGAAAUAUUGUGAUUAAAUUUGGCUUUAUCGACUCCCAAGCUGUUUGGUUACAGUGCGUGCCAAAUCACUGUUUUGCCCAUUCUUCAUUGUGAAAUGUUUGCAACUAAAACUUUAACCUUGGCUCAAAUUUGUAUGACGUCUGUGAAGGCUUGCACAACAUUCCCCAGAAUGAGGACAGAGCUCCUGAACAAUUCAACCCAACGCCAAGUAGGGACCUUGUAAGAGUUCUUUUAUGAACAUAGAUACUAAAUAAAAAAAAGCUUAUUUUACAGUGUGUAUAUAUAUAUAUGAGAUUGAUUUUUAUAAAUAUCAUUAUCUGCAUUUGUUUGUGUUUUGUUAUGCAUGAUUUAUGUGGUACUGACCCUGAGAGACUGUCAUCAAAUGUUGUGGUAAAUCUGGCAACAGUUAUGCUGUACAUAAUAAACAGAAUUUUUAUUCAUCAACAGCCUUUAUUUUAGAAUAUGAAUACCAGUUUCUUUUUCUAUGAAAUAAAUCGCUGAGGUUUGGGUGGGUAAGAAUUUCUGUUUUUGUGAAUUUAUGUUUUUAGUUGAGCAACUUGAAUUCCACAAAGUCAUAAAAUAUUGAUUGGAUAUUGAUUAGCUUGCAUUCAGUUUGAGGUGCAUUCUAACGCAAUAAUCUGACUGACUGAGUUUGGAUCUAGGAGAAAGAAGAAAAUAAGACAACUCUAUGUAGCACAUAAUCAUUGAAAUUAGGUUAAACUAACAACACAUGAAUUCACUUUGAAUUUCAUCUCACCCCAUUGAUACACAGACAAUGAUUAUGACCUUAAUGCUGGUGAAAAAUAGCAUGUUCCAGAUGUAAAAUGCAGAUUUUAUUAUGAUCUCAAUAAGGGUGCAUGGAGGAGGAACUGCUGUUGCAGGAGGAUAUCCUGUUGAGCAAUCCUUUUAUUGUCCCUCUCCUUUAAAGUGACACAGAAGUGCCAUUUUGAAAUUCUUGUGCCCAUUACCACUUUGUCCACUGGGUAGAGUCGGGGCUUAGGUCUAUGAUUCCAGCAUUAGUGUCAAAGAGCCAGGAUGCCUAUCAAUCUGGCUCUUGAGCAAUAUAACUGUAGGAAAUGUCUUUCUUGCCCCACCCACAAGAUUUAGGUACUAGAUCAAGUAGCAGCUUGACAAGUCCAAGCAAAGAACACUCAAAGAAAAGAACAUUGUGUGGAUAGUAUUAGUAAAACCAUAGGAAUGCAAAUAGCAAAUUGUAUUCAUUCUUCUACUUGGUGGUUAAUGGUAGCUGGCAUUCAAGCGUUAUAGCAACAGCUUGUUUGUUAGCACAUAACACUAAGUACUGAAAACUAACAUUACCAGCAG